UAAUGACAUCCUUUAUACAGGACAACUUAAAUGCCUCUUCUGAUGAACACAGCCUCAAUGGAAUAAAGGAGGUGUAUACAAAUAAAGGAGCAUAAGCACCCUUAUUUUGUGAAAGAAUAUUUCUUUCUAUAUUUAGUAAGUUUUAAAUUCUAACAUUCUCAUAUUAUCUUUAACGACACUCUUUAUAAGAAUGACAUGACAUGUCUAAAAUCACAAGUUUCAAACAGUAUCUUUUGGUAUGUCAUAUACCGUUAGGUUAAGAUCGCAUGAUCAAAAAGAAUUUAAAAUUUAAAAUUUCGUAUCAAGUCAAACUAAGACGUUCUUAGCCGUAUGAUGGUUAGUGUGGUCCCAUUCUGAGUUGUUCCACCUUAUUUUACAAAAUUGAGCAUGGUGAAAAAGGUAUCAAUGAAAGUUGUUUGUUAGAUAAGCAGAAUUGGUAGUUUCUUAAACAAACGUUGGAAAUUUUUGGAUCAUAUAGCAAAGUGCUUAAUAUAUCUUUAAGAGUAUCAGGGUAGGGUGAGUAAGAUAGUGAAGAAGGCAAAAGAGAUGGGAGAAGAGAGUUCAAAACCCAACGAUUUCUACACAAAAGACACAAUCAUCUCCGAAAAGUUAUCAGAGGCAGCGGCUUCUUUGGUGGAUCUUCGCUUCCGCCGUGAUAGUAUGGUGGGACCCAAAUUUCCAACCCAACAUGAUGCUAAAGACUCCUUCUCUGAACUCAUUUGCGGCUGCCUCAAGGUCCACAGCGUCCUCCCUGGGAAAAUAUCCUGCAUUCUUUCUGUCAAACCUGCUAUCUCGAAUGUUUAUCAAAGCAUGCAUGGAGGAGCAGUUGGAGCUGUAGCAGAAAGGGUAUCAAUUGCCUGUGCCAGAACUGUUGUGGGAAAGGAUAAGGAACUCUUUCUUGGAGAAUUGAGUAUGUCUUUUGUUUCUGCUGCUCCAAGCAAUGUAGAGGUGGUAGUAGAUGGGUCUGUCAUUCGGAGUGGAAGGAACCUGACUAUAGUUGCAGCUGAUUUUCGGCUCAAGGACUCGGGGAAAUUGGUCUACGCCUCUAAUGCAACAUUCUAUCACAUGCCUGCUGCAAGUUUAUGAACCCAAACUCAAAACACUUUAAAUAGAUACAUUUGAUAAACAUGUUCAGGGGCUCCAGCUGAUGUACAAAUUACAAUGGCAAAUCAUGGAUACAGGCUGAUACUAGACAAAUUUGAGACCAACUCUUAUCUGUAUCACCAUAGCAAUAUUUACAUCUCAAAUUAUCUGAGAUUCCCUCAUUUUUCUUGUAACCCAGUGUUGGUUGAUCAAAAUACACAAUUGAACCUCUGAUUUAUUGAAAGAGAAUGAAGUGAAAAUUCAUGUACAUUAAUCAUG